AUGUUCACCCAUUAUGUUAUGGAAAAACAUCGUGAAACUCUUUUGAAAAGUUUUCUAAUACUUAAAAAUGAUGUUAAUCAUAAUUUUAAAUGGGAAAUAUCAGAACGUCGAAAAAUUUUAAGAUCUCUAGGUUCAGGCGUAUCAAUUGGAAAUGAUCGAAAGACUUUAAAUAAUUAUGAUAAAAUAAUUGAAUCCGCUGGAAUUGAAAUAUCUUCCGAGUUAAAAUAUUAUUGGUCAAGUAUGGAUGGAUAUCCAUAUGCAAUAGGUUUAUCCACUAAUUCCACUAAUUCCUCCGCUAAUAAUGUCCACCAAACUUUAAAUCAUAAUGAUCAUCCUGCAUCAAAAAGAAAAUGCAAAAUUGACUUUGUACAUUGUUUUGGUAAAGAUUUUAUGGAUGGAAGAAUACAUAGCGUAGAUAUCAACAAUAUUUUUAAUAGAAUAACUUACGAGAAAUUAGAAUGUGGUGAUUGCAUAAUUCAACAUAUUGUGAAAUCAUCUGGAGAUUUGGGUUUAGAGGGUUUCUUGCCACCUCCUAUUAAAAAAUCUUUUCAACCAAAUACUUAUGAUACUCUGAAAAGUUGCGGGAAAUCUCAACUUGAUUAUCGCUCAUUUGCGAUCUCUCAAUUAUAUAAAUAUUCUUACGUAAUAGGGGGAAAUUCUUUUGAAUUUAUAAUAUUCACAAAUUUUAGAACAGGAACGAAGAUUUUAAAAAAAUUGGAAUCGACUAAUCCCAAGCCCUCAAUAUUUU